GUGUGACGUUCCGCGACGUCAUCGUCUGUGCGUCUGGCGGGAGUCUGCAGCUACGUCCUACUUGAGUAAUUUAGACUCGCCAACCUUCCAGAAGUCGCCGUUUAUAGGACGAAAAACAUGCAGGCUUUUUUGAAAGGAUCUACACAAAGUGUCAAACCCCAGAGGGACAAGGCAGCAGCUUCGACCAGUGGAGAAAAGAAACAGAAACCAGUACCGUGGGUAGAAAAAUACAGACCGAAGUGUGUCAAUGAAGUGGCUUUUCAGGAGGAGGUUGUUGCCGUUUUGAAGAAGUCACUAGAGGGCGCUGAUCUACCUAACUUGCUCUUUUAUGGCCCACCUGGAACAGGAAAGACCUCCACUAUUCUUGCUGCAGCAAGAGAGCUUUAUGGGCCAGAGUUGUACCGACAAAGGGUGCUGGAGCUGAAUGCCUCUGAUGAAAGAGGGAUUCAGGUGAUUCGUGAGAAGGUGAAGAAUUUUGCUCAGCUGACGGUGGCUGGUACCCGACCAGACGGGAAGGCGUGUCCUCCGUUUAAAAUUAUAAUACUGGAUGAGGCCGAUUCAAUGACCAACCCUGCCCAGGCAGCACUGAGGCGCACCAUGGAGAAGGAAUCGCGCACCACCCGCUUCUGUCUCAUAUGCAACUACAUCAGCAGAAUCAUCGAGCCUUUGACAUCCCGGUGCUCGAAGUUUCGCUUCAAACCUCUUGCUAACGAGGUCCAGCAGGAGCGGCUGCUAGAAAUAUGCGAGAAGGAGAGCCUCAAAUACACCAAAGAGGGGAUCGACGCGCUGGUGAAGGUGUCGGAGGGGGAUCUCCGAAAAGCCAUAACACUUCUCCAGAGUGCAGCAAGGCUGAGCGCAGAGAAAGAGGUCACGGAGAGCAUAGUCACAGAAACUGCAGCGGUGGUUCCACCUAAAGUAAUUGAAAACCUGCUCCAAACCUGUUACAAAGGCACCUUUGAAAAACUAGAGAUUGCUGUGAAGAACAUAAUAGAUGAAGGCUAUGCUGCCACACAGGUUCUCAGCCAGCUCCACGAUAUCAUCAUAGAGGAGCGCCUCAGCGACAAACAGAAGUCUGCUAUCACAGAGAAGAUGGCGGUAGUUGAUAAGUGCUUGGUGGACGGUGCUGAUGAGUACCUGCAGCUGCUGGGACUAUGUGCUGUUAUCAUGCAACAGGCUACGCAGAGCAACUGAGCUCACCACAGACAGUUCCACUGGAGCCAUCCUUCUGAACUACGUUGGAGUGUCCUGAAUCAUUCCCUUAUUUUUGUACUUUAAAACAAGUUGUAAUUAAACUUUUUCUGCACAGCUUGAA